GAUGUUAACAUCUGACUUGGAAAACAGGGAGAAGCAGCAGGAAAAAAUGCUAGAACAGUUAAAGGAGAUACAGAGUUGCUACAAGGCUUGCGAGGAUGGACGUAGACAAACUGAGCUCCAGUCUGCUGAGUUAGCUCAACAGGUUGAAGAGAGUGCCAAGGAAGCAGAACGGUACCUCACUGAAUUAAAGCAUUCAGAGGCACUCAGAGUGGAGACUGAGAAAAAAAGAGAAGACUUGAAGGUGAGAGCACAGGAAACUAUCCGCCAAUGGAAGUUGAAAUGUAAGAAGCUGGAUCAUGAGAUGGAAAAACAAAGUGAAACUAUCAACCAGCUGAUGGACAAGAACAGUCAGGCCCUCAAAGAAAAGGAUGACCUCAGAAAUCAACUUCUCUCUGCUAUACACCAAAUAGAAAACCUUCGGAAAGAGCUGAAUGAUGUGCUUACAAAGAGAGCCGAGCAGGAGGAACUUCUCCACUGCAAAGAAGUAAAACUGAAUGAAAUGAAGUCUCACCAGGUAUCUCUUGAAGAAGAGAUCAAAGAAGUUCAAGGUACUGCAAAUAAGUUGGAAAAUGAGUUGAAAAAGCAAGUCUUUCUACAGAAUCAAAUGCAAGCUGAAAAGGAACACUUGGAGACAGAACUUGCAACUAGUAACUUGUUGCAUAAAAAAGAUCAAGAAAGACUCUUAGAAAUGCAAGCAGAUAUAAAAAACUUAAGCUCUGUACGUGUGGAACUAACAAACAGAAUAGCAGAAGAGGAGAAAGUCAGAAAGGAAUUACAUAAGAGUUUCUCAGAUCUCCAGAAACAUCAGGAAUCUAAGCAUGAAGAGAUGACUUCAGCUAACAGGCAGCUGAAGAUGGAAAGAGAAGUUCACCAACAGGAGUUGGCAGAUCUUAGAUCAGAGUUACAAAAUGCUAAAAUCAAACAUGAGCGAGAUGUUCAAGAGCUCACAAAACUUCUUAAACAAGAAAAGGAUGAUGCGGAGGCUCAGAUUAGAAUGCUUAAGAUGGAACUCCUAGAAGAGAAAAACAUAGUUAAGACUCAGUGCCGACAACUGGAGAAGAUAAAAACUGAGUGUGAUAAAUUGACAGGAGAAUUAACCCAAAAUGAAGAAGAAAAUAUAAAACUCAGGCGGAAAUAUGAGUUUGUAAAACAAGAUCUGGAAAAAAAGGAUAAACAGAUCAGCAAUGAAGAAGAUAAUUUAAGAAGGAUGGAUGAGGCCAGACUGAAGUUUAAGGAUCAGCUGCGUCACUUAGAAAUGGAACAGGAAUCCAUUCUCACCAUGAUAGGAAGUGAAAUUGAUGCUGCUUGUGAAAUUUUUUCUCGGGACUCCGUGGAGAAAUUCAAAGCAAUAUCACUUACACCAACAGUGCUGAAUGAUCCUCAUCGCUGGUUAGCGGAAACGAAGACUAAGCUUCAGUGGCUGUGUGAGGAGGUAAAGGAGAGAGAAAGUAAUGAAAAAAAGCUGCGAUGCUACUUACUGCAGAGCCGAGAACAGCUCAAGCACUUUACACAGAUGAAGGAGGCUGAACAUCAGUCUCUCUUUAAACAGAUAAAAAAGCAAGAAAAACUUUUGGAAGAAGUUCACAAAGAAAAAAGAGAUCUACUAGAGAAGACUCUCAGAAGAGAGGAAGAAAUGGGAGCUCUCCAGGAACGUAUUAUGGCCUUAGAAAUGAGUACUCGAGUAGCUUUAGACCAUCUGGAGUCUGUUCCUGAGAAACUGAGCCUGUUGGAAGAUUUCAAAGAUAUUGGAGAGUCCCAUUGCCGAAGGGAGCUGAUUGAGGAAAGGUAUAUGAAGUAUAAAGAAAUAGUGAGUUCUCUACAGCAACAACUGGAAGAUUCAAAACAAAGGGUCCAGCAAUUCAAGGCAUCUUGCUCUUCUGAUGUGAAAAUGGAUGCUGAAAUUUCUGAUAUAGAAAUGGCUGCUCCCUCUUCUAGCUGGCAAACUCAAAACAGCUUUUUGUCCAGCUCACUGCUCUUGGAUUCAGGUUCACUUACGAAAAGAAUGGUUCCUUUCGAUACAAGUGCCAUCAAGGAAGAUUCCAUUAAUGUUGCUGUCAGUGAAAUGAAGCUGCACUCAGAAAGAGGGAAACAGUAG